GAUGACAAAUAAAUAAUGUGACAUGUAUAAUACUCACAUCCUGGAUAGCUUUACAAACUCUCUCUUUUUAUAUAUCUUUCUCUCCCUUACCUAAUUUCCACUUUUGCUACAAAUAAUUCUGCUUCUGGCUUCUUGUUAAUCCGUCUCAUAUGUUUAUCUAGGGUUUACUUUGCUUUUGUAUGUAAACAAGAUUUCAUCCAAGUUAUCAAUGGCUGCCUUUAGAUAUAACAAUAGCUAAGCAUUCAAAUUCAGGUCAUCUAUGCAUACAGCCAGCAGCACAUUAAUAUAUUAUGGCUUCUUCCACCCACCAUUGUGCACCAUGUGCUGCGUGCAAGUUCUUAAGAAGAAAAUGCAUCCAAGGAUCAACGUGAGUAAACUCCUCAAUGAAAUUGCGCCUCAUCAAAGAGAAGAUGCAGUCAAUUCUCUAGCCUAUGAGGCUGAAGCACGUCUAAAAGAUCCAGUUUAUGGUUGUGUUGGUGCAAUUUCUGUACUCCAAAGACAAGUUCUUCGACUACAAAAGGAACUAGAUGCAACAAAUGCAGAUCUUAUUCGGUUUUCGAGUAAUCAAAGUAUAUUAAGGCCAUCGCAAAGUUCAGGGAGUUCUGUACAAAACGCUCAUGUGUUGCCUCAUUAUUAUGGUUCUUAUUCAUGGAACAAUAACCCUUAA